ACUUGAGAGCAAACAAAACUUUUCAGUUUCAUACUUCACCAUUUCUUCAUAUUUUCCCUCACUCUUCUAUGUUGAAUCUCCAUAAAAAAAAACUUGACAGUGAUUAUAAAGAAACCAACUUAGUUCUGUCUCAGUUUCACUGCUGUUAGGAUCAUUCUGUAAUAUGAACAUCAAUACCAUUUCAUGCAACAAUUUUCUAUGCACCAGCUUCAUUAUUUUCCUCACACUUUCUUCCCUUGCAAAACACAUAAAUGGUAAUGCAGAAGUUAAAGCACUAAUGGAGUUAAAAUCGUCGCUUGACCCUGAUAACAAGUACCUGCAAUCUUGGACAGAUGAAGGUGACCCAUGUAGCAACGACUCAUUUGAAGGAGUGGCUUGUAAUUUGCACCUUAAAGUUGCUAACAUUUCGUUGCAGGGGAAAGGUCUUACUGGAAGCAUUUCACCGGCUGUGGCCGGACUGAAGUGCUUGUCUGGUCUCUACUUGCACUACAACUCCUUGUCUGGAGUAAUACCUAUUGAAAUUUCUAAUCUCACUGAGUUGAUUGAUCUUUAUCUCAAUGUCAAUAAUCUCUCUGGGACUAUACCUCCUCAUAUUGGCAACAUGGCUAGCCUCCAAGUUUUGGAGCUAUGUUGUAAUCAUUUGAGUGGAGGCAUACCAGAGGAAGUAGGGUAUUUGCAGAAGCUAAAUGUUCUUACAUUGCAAUACAAUAGAUUGACCGGACAGAUCCCUUCCAGCAUAGGAAACAUGGGAAUGCUAAAAAGGCUUGAUUUGAGCUUUAAUCAUCUAUCUGGUAAAAUCCCUGGUCAAUUAGCCAAUGCUCCCCUGAUAGAAGUUUUAGAAGUUCAAAACAAUAAACUUUCUGGACUCGUCCCUCUUGGUUUGAAGAAAAUCAAGGGAGGAUUUCAUUUUGGGAAUAAUUCUGGUUUGUGUGGUGCUGGUUAUCCUUCAUUGAGACCUUGCAAUUCUUGGGAUGAUCAGAAUAUCAACCAGAUUGAACCCUUUUCACCUACAAAAAAUAGUACUAAUGCUGAACAUGCCCCCUUAAAUGCCAAGAUUCAUGCAGAUUGCAAUCAGACCAGUUGUCCACGAUCAUCAAAGCUUCGUCAAAUUGCAAUUUUUGGUGGAAUCAUUACAAUUAUCAUUACUGUAGUGGCUGUUGGCUUAUUGAUUUUUCGACAUCGUAGAAACAAACAGAAGGUUAUAAUCACUUCUCACAGCAUUUCUGAUGAUAGGCUUAGUGCUACUGAUGCUAAAGAUUUCUACUCAAGAACUGCAUCUCCGCUUGUAACACUAGAGUACAGUAACAAGUGGGAUCCAAUGGUUUGUUAUCAGAUUGGUAGCGAUGACUCUGAUAACUUUCUGCAGAGAUUUAAGUUCAAUUUAGAAGAGAUUGAGUCAGCUACACAGUAUUUUUCCGAGGUGAAUUUGUUGGGGAAGAGCAAAUUCUCUUCUGUUUAUAAAGGCAUUCUGAAGGAUGGGUCAUUUGUAGCUGUUAAAAGCAUUAAUAUAAUCAGCUGUAAGUCUGAGGAAGUUGAAUUUAUGGACGGGCUGCGUUUGCUGACGUCUCUGAGACAUGAAAAUCUUGCUAGGCUGAGAGGCUUUUGUUGCUCAAUGGGAAGGGGAGAAUGUUAUCUAAUUUAUGAUUUUGCAUCCAAUGGGAACCUGGCUCAACAUCUAGACAUUGCAGAUGGAAGAAGCAACUACAUUCUUGACUGGAAAAUGCGGAUUUCAAUCAUCACUGGCAUUGCCAAAGGUAUCGGAUAUUUACACACUAGUGAAACGAAUAGACCUGCUAUCGUUCACCAAAACAUCUCUGUUGAGAAAGUACUCCUUGACCAGGACUUUAAUCCAGUAAUCAUGGAUUCGGGUCUAGUAAAGCUUCUUGCUGAUGACAUUGUCUUCUCAGCUCUCAAGGUCAGUGCUGCAUUGGGAUACAUGGCACCCGAGUACAUUACUACUGGUCGUUUUACAGAGAAGAGCGACGUUUAUGCAUUUGGAGUGAUCAUGCUCCAGGUCCUCUCUGGCAGAACAAUUCUUAGUGCAUCAGUGCGCCAGGAAGUUGAAACAGGCAAACAUGAAGAAUUCAUUGAUCAGAAUCUGAACGGCAAUUUAUCUAAAUUGGAAGCUGCUAAAUUGUCAAAUAUAGCAUCAGCUUGCAUACAUGAAAAUCCAGAAUGCAGACCUACAAUGAAGGCAGUGAUUGGAGAUCUAAGCAACCAUAGAUUCUAAGUUCAUGAAGUGCAGUGUCUGCAAAAGCUGCAUAUUAUAAGCAGAGACUAAAUUGUUUCUCCGCGAGUGUACAGGCAUGAGGAAACCAGAAAGGAAAUUUGUGGCAAAUCAUCUACUUUCAUAGCAUCUAUACUAUAACUUUUAGAAAAAGAAUAUCCCUGUAAAAGAUCAACGCUAGUUACUAAUCUGAUUAUCUAUGCUGUAAAUUUAUCUGUGU